GGAUGACAUGAAAUACAAAAAGGAAUUGAACUAAUACCGAACCUUUGAGCCGCAAAGUUCUAUAGCUUCCUCUCACAGUCUGCUUUCUCUUGUGUCCUAAUCAUCGAGUUACUCGCAUCGUACCAUACCCCGCUCCGCUUCCGGAAACACAGACUUGCCCGGUAGCGACGUUCGAGUGCAGCAAUCAGGCGUAUUUCACUAAUAGAACAAAUCUUUAGAGCCUGGCCAGCAGGUGCCGCAAGAGCAAGGAGCUAGCAAUAUGGAGUCUCUCAAGGCUGUUUUCUUUGGUCCCGAUCCUCAGACGCAAAUGCGAAAAUGUAACCAGCUCAUCCGCGCAAAUACGCGUCAGUUGGAUCGUGAUAUCGCGCAGCUCAAAGCACUUGACGGCAAAACGCGGCAGACCAUAGUCAACGCCUCGAAGCGCGCCCAGCGGAACCCAGCGCGCGCGAAACAGGCGAACCUCGAAGCGAAAAUGCUUGCGCGGGAACUUGUUCGGGUCCGAAGACAGACGACUCGCCUGACAACUAGCCGGGCUCAGCUACAGAGCGUUCAAAUGCAGGUCAACGAAGCGUUCGCAGUCCGGAAGAUCCAGGGUAGCCUACAGAAAUCGACGGGUAUAAUGAAGGAUGUGAACACAUUGAUCCGUCUCCCACAGCUGUCAGCAACAAUGCAUCAACUUGCUACCGAGUUGGUCCGCGCCGGUAUUAUUGAAGAGAUGGUGGACGACGCUAUUCCAAAUAACGAACUACUGGAGGAUGAAGAGGCAGAGGCUGAUGAGGAGGUCGAUAAAAUCCUACAGGAAAUCUUACAGGGAAAGCUAUCCCAGGUGGACGAAGUCAAACCAGAAAGACCUCUGGAGGAGCCUCAGCAGGCCGAGGAAGAGUUCGAGGAUCAGGAAGCCGCUCUUGCGCAAAUGAGGGGCCGUCUGGAAGCUCUCAAAAGCUAAGUCGAGAAAUGCUGGCUCUCUGGGUAUAGAAGUUCAGCGCACCUCGUCUCGUGUCGUUUGUUUUUACGGAGUUGGGGCGCGGUAGAUUGCAUUUCGUCCUGGCACUACAAGUUUCUUUUCCCGGAUGUUUUCGAGGACUCUGCCACAGCUGGCCUGAUGCAGGGUUCUGAGUCGUUGCGUUAUUGGCUCGUCGUUUUCUGGUCCCAUAAUUAUCAUGUAAACGUACUCUUUAAAACUGUUGAGUAUAGCAAUGAUAUGUGAUUGAUACAUUCU